AUGAUCUUAGGCCCUAAAAGAUCAAGACACAGAUUAACCUAUAGAAGUAAGUGGCAUGGUUCACCCUGGGUGCUGGACGAGGAAGAGAGUUUGAAGGUUAUCAAGAAAGCCUACGACCUUGGUAUCAAUACAUGGGAUACGGCAGACACAUAUUCCAAUGGCCAGUCCGAAGUCAUUGUUGGCAAGGCCAUCAAGAAGUUCAAUAUCCCAAGGAGCAAGGUGGUCAUCAUGACAAAAAUCUUUAAUCCGGUUAUGGAUGAUGAUUCUCGCCCCGCAUCUGUCAAUGACGGUCCCCUGGUGAAUCAAAUGGGAUUAAGCAGGAAGCAUGUUUUUGAUGCCGUGGACAAUUGUCUCAAGCGCCUCGAUACAGACUACAUCGAUGUACUCCAAAUUCACCGACUGGACCGCGAGACGACACCAGAGGAGAUUAUGCGGGCAUUACAUGAGGUUGUCAUGAGCGGCAAAGUACGCUAUCUAGGCGCCUCAAGUAUGUAUACCUGGGAGUUCGCCCGCCUUCAAUAUACGGCACAGCUACACGGUUGGACAACAUUCGUAAGCAUGCAGCCCUUCUACAACUUGCUAUAUCGCGAGGAGGAGCGCGAAAUGAUACCAUUUUGCCAAGCCACGGGUGUUGGAGUCAUACCCUGGAGUCCACUCGCCCGUGGUAUGCUUGCGAAAUCGAGGAUAGCAGAGAGCGGCAACGACAAGAGCGGGAAUUCUUUACGCCAGCAAACAGAUGCCAAGACUGCAGCCUGGUUCGCUGACGCCAACUUGGAAAUUGUUGAUGCAGUGCAAAAGGUCGCGAAGGAUAAGAGUUUGGCAAUGCCGCUGGUGGCGACGGCGUGGGUGCUGCACAAGGGCUGCUGGCCUAUUGUUGGCCUCAACAGUGAAAAACGUGUCGAAGAAACUGUGCAAGCAAUAAAAGUGAGGUUGAGCGACGAGGAGCUGAAGUUCCUGGAAGCUGGCUAUCGCCCAAGAAAUGUCGAAGGGAUGUAA